CAGAAAAAAUGCACAAAAAGAAUUAGCGACAAAUUGAAAAUAAUGAAUCAAACAAAAUGUUUACCAAGAAUCAUAUUCCGAAGAUCUUCGAACGCUACCUUGUUUUGGAUUGUGUUGGUUGCCCGUUCUCAUUCUUUAAAUAUGCUAAGUCAUAGGGACUUCCUUGCAUCAGUCACCAGGUAUGAUACUGGCGUAUGAUUGAAUUACUUACGUAUUUUUUUUCAAGAUCGCCUCCACUCUCAUUGAGACGAUCAGCAGUCUUGUGGGAUCGUCCCAUGGAGCGCUGAGCUUGGAAGAAGCGCGUCGUCUGAUCCUGUUGAUCAACACAAUCGUGGAUGACGCCAUGACAGACAACAUGACGUCAUACUCAGUGGUGACGGACAAUGUCGUCGUCAACAUAGAGAAGGUUGAACCCCAGGCGUUUCCCGGUAUGACCUUCGUGUCUCUACACAAUCCGUCCAACCUCACCAACUGCACGGAUCACGGAGGGUCAGGAAACAUGACGCUAAGGGACCACGUGUUCCAGACGAUCCCAGGGGACCUACAGGAGACAGUGGAGCGGAUAGACAUCUCCGUGCUGAGCGAACUCAUCUUCAUCCCACAUGCUGUCUUUGAUGAUUCCGAUGUCAGGGAUACACUUGAUGUAAACUGCUCGUGGAACCACAGCCACAACUCGCAGGCCAUCCAGUUCGUACUCUACGAGAACGACCGGCUCUUCCCUUCCGACAUCAACGGACAAAACGACUUACGCAACCGCACAAAUUCUCACGAGAGCUACGGAGGCCCGGGUUCGGCGUCGCUUCUAGAGGAGGGCCGCCAGAUGAAGAUCGGCAGCAGGGUACUGGCCAGCAAAGUACAGGGACGAUGUGUGAGGAACCUGACGGAACCCGUGGUCAUUAUCCUCAAACAUAAGAUGAAGGGGCGAACUCCCACGUGCGUGUUCUGGGACUUCGAUGCCGCCGGUGGCGCAGGAGCUUGGUCAACUGAAGGAUGCUGGGUACACCAAACCGUCGAUGACGUCACGGAAUGCCAUUGUAACCACCUGACUAACUUUGCCUUGAUAAUGGACAUUGCUGACCAGUUGGGUGCCGGACCGUUACCGGUGGAACACCGCACGGCGCUGAACUGGAUCUCCUGGCUGGGCUGCGGACUGUCCAUGGCCGGACUCAUCGGUACACUGGUGGCGCUUCUGUUCGUCAGGAGUCUGCGCCAACUGAAGACCACGCCCUGUCACAUUAACCUGAGCGCAGCCAUGCUGCUGGCCAUGGUGAGUCUACAGGUCGGCGUGAAGCAGACAGACAGCAGGGUGGUGUGUGGAGUACAGGCCGCGCUCAUUCAGUACUUCUUACUGGUAUCGCUAGCAUGGAUGGCAGUGGAGGCACUACUGAUGUACCAGAACCUGGUCAAAGUUGUCCUGACACCACCUCGGUUCUUCUUCUGCAAAUCCUGUGUCACAGCCUGGGUUGUUCCGGCCAUCGUAGUUACCGCAUCUGUCUCACUUCGCUGGGACUCUUACGGAGCGGAUGACAGAUGUUGGAUCUCUGACGCCGCUGUGUUCUUCGCGACGUUCUUUGUGCCCUCCAUGAUCAUCGUGGUGUUCAACAGCGCCAUCUUCUGUCUGGUGAUCCGAGCGGUGCUGGUGCGGAAGGUUCCCGGGGACGGGUUCACCACCCGCCGCAAGGACCGCGUCAGAGAGGCGCGGAGUGCCAUCGGGCUCAUGGUCCUACUUGGUCUCACCUAUCUCUUUGGAAGCUUCACCGUUGGGGGCGCUCGCCUGGUCUUCCAGUACAUCUUCGCCGUCACCAACUCCAUCCAGGGCUUCCUCAUCUUCCUGUUCUUUGCCGUCAUCCCUGUCUACAGACAGAGGAAGUCGAAGAAAAAGCGGUCUGACCUCCACAACAAGAUCCCGCCCAAGAGUCGGUCCAAGAUUUCCGUAGUAUCUCUUGACGUUUCUUCACGACGUCUUCGCAGAUCGUCCUCACAGUCGACGGUGGAAAGCUUCACGGAUGACUCCGAAGCGGUUAGGCGGAAGGUUGGCGCGCUUCCGGUUGUGGAGGAAGAGUCAUCCCCGGAAACCGACGAUGAUGGCCGAACGAGUACGGAUAUUCCCGAUGAGACCCGAGCACCAGAUGAGCCAGAAGGUCAAAUGUUUCGUGCUAACACCGAGACAGAGAGACAUGAUAACCAAAGGAAGCCUAAUUUUACCUCGUCCCCUCACGGGUACUGCACGCGCGGUCGUAUGUUUGGACAGGGUUUCCUCAGAAGAACCCAAACGUCUACCUCUGAAAGUCAAGUGGACUUGACUCUAUGGGACGACGAGCAGAACUGAAAUUGUACAAGAUUUGUAGACGUCUCUACCAGGCUUCGUAGAUCGGUGGACUAAUUGUAGAAAUUGGACAAAUAGAGUCAUAGUACACUAGGGGAGUCAGCCGGGCGGAACAAUCAUUUCCUCACUACGUAGGUCACAAGCUGUUCCCUAGCCGGCUGUACUUCUCUGGCCGGCAGCUUACCUCUAUUUGUUCAAUUUCUAUGGUUUUCCUAGCGACCUAUGGAGUCUGGUAGAGACUACUAGGUUUGCAAAUGUGUGACAGGUCAUUAAGUGUAAUAUAACCAGUUGCUGCCGCGCAUCGUGUGCCUGCGAACCUGGUGAGUUAUACCCCUGUCACAUUUGGCGAUAAUCAAUCGGACGACGAUUCUGCGACAAUCGCCCAAGCCUCGCUUAUAAUUAAAACUUUAUUGCACAACAACUGUAGAAGGUAUAAAGUAUGGCUUUUAUGUAACAGGGACGGUUUUCUGGUGAAAAAUACGCGCAACCCUCUGUCGAUCUUAAAUAUGGCCGAUCUUCCAUCGAUACGCCCGAAGAUCGUGGAUAAUGUGACAGGGGUAUUACGACACCGAAGGGCGGUUAUACCGGCUAUAUCGAAGGUCCACCUAUCACAACUGUUUUCUCUACACGACCAAUACGUUCUGUUCUAGUUUAGGAAACGAAAUUAUACCCCUUUAUUUUUAAAAGUCACACCUUCUGAUGAUACCUCACCGAAACCUCAAAUAUAAGAGUUUAAACUGUAUCAGAAAGAUUUUCCAUCUGAUUAAUUCUGAUUUUUUCCCCAUAAAACAAGUGUAGACAAAUGGUCUAUGUAUGGCAGACACUAAGAUACAUUAGGAGCUAUCAUCAUAGUUGAAUUAGAAGAAAAAAUGCCGAGGUUGAAAAAAAGUAGUGAAAAGUACCUUUUUGAAAAGAAUGAAAGUUUAUGAGAUAUUCAACCGGAAAAAACAAAUGCACAAAUGAAACAUAUCUAUAUUCACUUCAAUUAUCUUGUAGGGUGUGGUUUCAUGACUCCAACAGCGCAUGCGCAAUGUGAUGCAUUUUAAGUAAUAUGUCAAAGGUGAAUGACCCCGAAACAGAAAUAGAAUGUCUGUGCAUGUAUGUAAAGCUACUCGCCAAGCAGAGGUUGAAUCGCGCAGAUAUAGUAGUAGUCGGAAAAAUUACACGGGCGCCCGACUACUACUAUAUCUGCGCGAUUCAACCUCAGCUUGGAUAGUAUGUAAAGCAUGGUAGAGACAAGAAAGGUUUAUAAUUUAACGGCCUUCAGCUUUGACCUUGCGCAAGUGCAGCUAGAACCACGAAUCCCCUUAUUGUGAGAUAGCUAUAUGCACACCCGCGUAAAUAACUUGGUUGGCAAUUAUUCAUAAAGUAAGGUUCUUUUGGCACAACCAAGGAGUUCUUACUUCCGACGUUUCG